UUACACACACUGUAACCGCACAACGCUCCAGGUAUAAAUAUGUUCUCCGUUAGAACUUUGACACAUUUAGAGCUUCAUUCCGAACCCUGAGCAUCGGCUGGAAGACAAAGAACAAUAUGCGUGAGUGCAUUUCUGUACAUGUCGGCCAAGCUGGAGCACAGAUUGGGAAUGCGUGCUGGGAGCUUUACUGUCUGGAGCAUGGUAUCCAGCCAGAUGGACAGAUGCCCAGUGACCGGUCAAUAGGAGGAGGAGAUGACUCCUUCAACACUUUCUUCAGUGAAACAGCUUCAGGGAAACACGUUCCACGUGCCAUCUUUGUUGAUCUUGAGCCCACUGUUAUUGAUGAAGUGCGGACAGGAACCUACCGCCAGCUCUUCCACCCUGAACAACUGAUUACUGGGAAAGAGGAUGCUGCCAAUAACUAUGCCAGAGGACACUACACCAUUGGCAAGGAGAUUAUUGAUUCAGUUCUGGAUCGUAUACGCAAACUGUCCGACCAAUGCACUGGCCUUCAAGGUUUCUUAGUGUUCCACAGUUUCGGUGGAGGCACUGGCUCUGGCUUCACCUCUCUGCUGAUGGAGCGUCUCUCUGUCGACUAUGGCAAGAAGUCCAAGCUUGAGUUUGCCAUCUAUCCUGCUCCUCAAGUGUCCACAGCAGUGGUGGAGCCCUAUAACUCCAUCCUGACCACCCACACCACCCUGGAGCACUCCGAUUGUGCCUUCAUGGUGGACAAUGAAGCCAUCUACGACAUCUGUCGCAAAAACCUGGACAUCGAGCGUCCGACCUACACCAACCUCAACAGGCUCAUUGGGCAGAUUGUGUCCUCCAUUACAGCUUCGCUGAGAUUCGAUGGAGCUCUCAAUGUGGAUCUCACCGAGUUCCAAACCAAUCUGGUGCCCUAUCCCCGCAUUCACUUCCCUCUGGCCACAUAUGCACCAGUGAUUUCUGCUGAAAAGGCAUAUCAUGAGCAGCUCUCUGUGGCCGACAUAACCAACGCCUGCUUUGAGCCGUCCAAUCAGAUGGUGAAGUGUGAUCCUCGUCACGGUAAAUACAUGGCCUGCUGUCUUCUGUAUCGUGGAGAUGUGGUGCCCAAAGAUGUCAACUCUGCCAUCGCUGCCAUUAAAACCAAACGCACCAUCCAGUUUGUUGAUUGGUGCCCCACUGGCUUCAAAGUAGGCAUCAACUAUCAGCCUCCAACAGUGGUUCCUGGUGGAGAUCUGGCCAAAGUACAGAGAGCCGUGUGCAUGUUGAGCAACACCACAGCUAUCGCUGAGGCCUGGGCUCGUCUGGACCACAAGUUUGACCUGAUGUACGCCAAGAGAGCCUUUGUGCACUGGUAUGUGGGAGAGGGUAUGGAAGAAGGAGAGUUUUCGGAGGCCAGAGAAGACCUGGCAGCUCUGGAGAAGGAUUAUGAAGAAGUCGGCACUGACAGCAUUGGAGAUGAUGAAGACGGAGUUGAAUUUUAAAGUUGUUUUUGUAAUGUCAGGGGGAUCUGGUGUUAUUUUUAUAUGCUAAGCAGUAGGGUUAUUUUUUUUAAGGCUAUACUUUUUUUUAGGUCAGAGAUGUCCAAACUCAGUCCUGGAGGGUGUCCUGCAUAGUUUAGCUCCAACUUCAUUCAACACACCUCCCUGGAAGUUUCUCGCAUACCUAGAAAGAGCUUGAUUAGCUGGUUUAGGUGUGUUUAUUUGGGCUUGGAACAAAAAUAUGCCAUCCAGGAUCGAGUUUGGACACCCCUGUCUAAGGUAUAUCUUCAUAUUGGGGUUCUUUUAUUUAACAUCAGUUAAUGGAACAGCUAAGAAAAAUCAAUAAACAAUAUUUUUGUAGCAUUUAUCACAUUCUAGGUAUACAAAUAUUAACUUUAACAACUGUAUAAAUUACUUUAUACUUCAUAUAAUUUUGUUUACUCACUAUUUACCAACCCAGGCUCAUUGUGGAAAAGUAGCCCCGCGGACGUUUCUGGAAACUGCGAAAUACGUCCCGGGAGGUAUGUAUUUGUGCAGUUUUUGUAUUCGCAAAUCCGCAAGAGGCCGCUGUACGCUGUUCUCGCCCUGCCGCAAACUUGUUCGCUUUUAUUUUUUGGAUUCUGUUUUUCACCUUACCUGAUUUCUGGAACCGCUCUUCUCCAGACUCAAACCCGGUUGUCGCUGCGGGCGGUUCCUCCUCCUCCGGGCCUCAGCUCCGCCAAUGUAACACUACGAGCUAAGCAGACAAACUGGUUGCGGCGGUAAAGCCCUCCACACGGAGGUGAGCCAUCAGCCGGCGAGCGCAAAGAAGAGGAGUGGUGUCAAACCGCCACAUAGUGUUCGCUCGAAUAAAACGAGAUAGCCAUACAUAACUCUGGCCAUGUAAAUCGCAGUCUCCAGAAACGUCCGUGGGGCUACGUUUCCAGAAUGAGCCUGGGUUGCAAUUCACUAAUCAUCAAAUGGUUCUAGACCUUUAUAAUAUUUUAUUAUUCUGUUGGACACAAAAGAAAUAUUCUUAAGAAAAAUUAAAACUUGUGAUCAUUGACAUCCUUGGUAGGCCAAACAAAUAAAGUGGAAGUUAGUGGGUAGAGGUUUCCAAAGUUUUUCUAAAUAUCUUCUUUUUGAGUAAACAGAAGAAAGAAACUUUUAAAAGUUUGAAAAAAGUGAAGUUUAAGUAAAUGAUGACAGACUUUUCAUUUUUGUAUGAACCACACCUUUAACAUCAACUCAUAUUAAUAAAUGCAUGUCUGUUAGGACCUUUACCUAACACAUAACCAAAAGUUACAUAUACUAAAACAAAUUAGCACAAAAUGAUGUCAAAAAUCUAGUGAUAAUCUCUAAUCUCUUUCUAAAAAUUGCAUAUAUUGCUAUAAAUACAUGUCUGCGCUUUCUUCAUAAUACAGUUGGUUUAUCUGUCUAGAAUACGUGUAUGCUUGCAUAUGCAAAAGUGAUAAAGGCUAGGCAGAACAGAACAUGGUUGAACCAUGACACCCUUCCCCCCACUGAUGUCUAUGCAUGCAGCACAAAAAUGACCACCUGCUGGAGCUGUUAUUCAGGAUUCAGCUGUUUGUACAUGUCAAUGGUAUCACUACAUAUGAGACGCUGGAUGUUGUGUGCUUUUCAAUAUUACUGAAGAAAAAAAUUAAAGUCUGAUAACAAUUGGG